AUGAGCAGUGACCGAAAACCGACCGAGAAGCUGCGAAGAGGCUACAGAGCAUGCUUGCACUGUCGCAGUAGGAAGGCAAAAUGUGAUCUGGGUGAUAUUGAUGCACCAUCCGAACCACCUUGCUCUCGAUGCCGCCGGGAGUCCCGAGAGUGUAUCUUUGUUCCAAGUCUAAGAGGUGGAAACAGUCGACGGUCCACCUCAGCUUCCAUCACAGACAUGGAUGAGUUCCCGGGGCCUCGGCCAUCUCUCCGCACUAUGGAUCCGCCGGCUUCACCAAAUGUCGAAUACUCCGGAUUACUGGGACUUAACCCAUAUCCUAAAAGGCCAUCACUGACCGAUGAGUACAAUUCUGGGGAUCUGGCCAAUCCCUUCCCUCAGCUCCCUCAACAUCCCCCCAUAUCAACAACGAGCCCUAAACGCCGGCGUAUAGUACCUAGGACAGCCGAUCCAAGCGACAUUGUUGUGGCAGACCUGCAGAACGAAUCUGAUGCGCUGCAUAUCCUUGCUCUGGCUUCCGGUCAGAGUGACCUACAGUCGGGGGGACCCUCGAGAAGCUCUAUACCUGCUCGGACCGGGUCAGGCAAGAGUGUACAUGCCGAACUGUCAGAUUUUAUCCUGGUCAAGAAGCGUAUACUCUCCGUCAGCCAAAUAGUUGAUCUGGUCAAUACGUUCUUCCGCUACCACCAUCACUUCUUCCCAAUGGUCCCCGCUUAUCUCAUACCCCGGGCGCGAACCCUGGGUCGGUUUGCCAGCGAUGAACCCUACCUCCUUGCCGGGAUCAUCAUCAUAGCCAGCCGGAAUCACGCCGGCGAGGGUAUGCGAACGAUUCACGAUCGUUCCUGGUCGGUCAUGAGGGGCUGGAUUUCCGAUAUCGAAUGUCUUGGGGCUCCACCAAGUGUAGGACUUGUUGAAUGCCUGCUGUUACUGGCGGAAAACCUGCCUCGUGAUCCCGAGGUAGGUACGACGGCAGAUCUUCAAGCCUUUGGACUGGGAGAGGAACAUCAUGGCAAAGAAAAUCGACAGGCUUGGAUGUUGAUAGGCUCCGCUAUCCGCGUCGCGUACGGUUUGAGAUUAGACAAAGUAGGCCUUGAUAUAGACAAUGCUAAUCACCAGAUGGCUACAAAGCUGUUCGAUGAAGAGGAAAGAACCUUUGAGCUCGAAAGAGCUCGUCUGGCGUGGACAUAUUGCUAUCUCUUCGACAGACACAUUUCCCUCCGUCUUGGAAAGGCGUUCUGGUCUCGAGGCCCCGCCGUCUGCUUUCAAGGCUACUCCUCAUCGAACCAGACAGGUCCAGCUGCAUCGGGUGGCAACUUCCCAUUUUUCCGUCCCGCAGAUUCGGGCGAGCAGGAUGACCUGGCAGGAUUGAUCCAGGCCUACGUCGAAUUGACGCAAAUGAUGUCCAGUGCUCAUGACAUCUUGUACCCAAAUGCUGCAAGGACAAAGUCGCUCGUUGUCUAUGGGGAGUACUUCAAAUAUAUCGACGAGCUCGUGCGCUCAUUGGACGGAUUCAAGGUGCUUUGGGGGAAUAAGAGGUGGCGGACUUUUCCUUUGAACGAUGCCGUGUGGGCAAUGUUCUAUUACGCUCAACUAUACAUCUGCUCUUUCAGUUAUCAAGCGCAUGUUGAGCGCGCUGCCAUCCGAGCCGAUGAAGAAUACCAGAAACUUGCAGAAUCACAGUCGCUACCUCCGCCUCGUCCACCACUCAGCUUGUUCCCUCGCGGAGCGGCGCAUAGCCCUGACGCCCGUUACAUAUUCCAGUCAUGUGACGCGGCUCGUUCGCUCCUAAGGAUCUGUGUUGAUAGCCUACAUCCUGGCGGAGCGCUGCCUUAUUUGCCAUCACGAUUCCUGUUGUGGUUCACCUAUGCUGCCAUUCUGCUCCUCAAGGCGGUCUACUCAGGUGCCGUCCUUCGUGCAGAUCAACCAAAAACCUUGACACUCAUCGACCGACUGUGCUCCUGCUUGACAGAAGCGUCGACAGAAGACAACGACCCGCCCGCUCGAUAUAGCCGCCAGCUGAGAGGCCUCAAGCGCAAGCUGUCGGCCAUGUCUGAUCUGGUGAGCCUCUCCUGCGCCAUCCCAAACUGA